AUGUCCGGGCUCGAAAUUGUCGCGCUUAUCCCAGCCAUCGUCUCAGCAUUCGGGACGAUCUCAGUAGAAUACAGAGCAUGGCGAAAGCAACGCGAAGACCGCCGCAACAAGGAUAAGAACCUUGCUUUGCAAAAACGUCUAGCGGGCAACGGGGAGACAGUUCAGAAUGAAUACGAUGAGGAUCUUCGACUCCUUGGUCCAGCCUUUCAACGGGGUGAUAGCAUUGGACGAGAGUCCUUAAUGCAUCACCUUAUUAUACUCCAGUCGAGUGUCAUCUCGCUCCUCCGCGAUCGGCAGAACGACAUAUCUUACAUGAGCCAUCCAAACCAUGAUUCUAUCAAUAAGACCACGAAAUCCGCCCGGGAUGGAAUCGUUAGCUCUCUGUCAGAUCAAUAUCAACGUCUCGCACAAGCACGACCAAUCGCACGACUGCCAAGCCCAGCCUCGGUCUCAAAUUGCUUCAACACCCCCACCCGCACCACGGCUAACACCAACUUCUACCGCUACAGGUGUGAUGAGUGUGGGUGGGGUGAAACAUACAGUAAGAGCUCGGUGAGAGUCGUAACGAAGGAUGGUCAGCUCCUUGAUCCACUGGUGGCCAUUGCUCUCUUCCAUCAUCGAGAACCACUCAAGGCCGAGAAGAACGUGUUCCGAUGUUAUCUUUGCGAGGAGACUAUCUCCCUGCCAACGGGGCUGAAGGGGUUUUGGUCGGUGACUCUAGAGUCAGGGAGUGAGAGGUACGUUUUGUUGGAGGAGCUACAGAAGCAUGUACGGAGGAAUCAUUAUUUCGAGGAGUUUUCGUAG